AUGGCAGACGCAAUUCUCUCCGGCGUUGCUGUGGAAAUCAUUAAGAAGCUGGGUUCUAGAGUCCUUCAAGAGACUAGGCUCAGGUGGGGUGUCAGAGAGGAGCUUGAGAAACUCAGGAGCAAAGUUUCAACGAUCCAAGCUGUGCUUCUUGAUGCAGAGCAGCAGUAUUCGCAGAGUCAUCAAAUCAAAGUUUGGGUUGAUUCACUAAAAGAAGCAUUUUAUGAUGCAGAUGAUUUGUUAGAUGAGUUCUCCACAGAUGUUUUGCUGAAGCAGAUGAUGACUGGCAAUAAAAUGUUGAAGGAGGUACGCCUCUUCUUUUCAAGCUCAAACCCAUUUGUUUAUGGCCUUAAAAUGGCUCAUAAGAUUGAAAAAGUUAGAAGUAAGUUAGAUGAGAUUGCUGAACAUAAGAAGUUUCACUUAGAUAAGCUCCCUGAGAAGACAUUUCCUAUGAUUGGGGAAAGAGAGCAAACUCACUCAUCUUUACCUCAAUUAGUUGUUGGUAGAGAAAAUGAUGAAAAGAAAAUUAUUGAUUUUCUCCUGUCCUCUAGUCAUGGGGAGAAUGUGUCAAUCAUUUCCAUUGUGGGUAUUGGAGGCUUAGGAAAGACAACACUUGCUCAAUUUGCAUAUAAUGAUGAGACGGUGAAAUCAAAUUUUGAGCUCAAAAUUUGGGUGUGCAUUUCUGAAAAUUUUGAUGUAAAAAUAAUUGUUGAAAAGAUUUUGGAGUCUCUUGAUGGUGAGAAGCCUAAAAAUCUUGAGAUGAAUACCUUGAAAGAUCUUCUUCAUGAGAAGAUUAAUGGAAAAAAAUAUUUACUUGUUUUGGACGAUUUGUGGAAUGAGGAUUCCGAAAAAUGGUUUCACUUGAAAGAUUUGCUAGUUGGAGGCAGAAGAGGAAGCAAAAUAAUAGUGACUACACGUCUUAAAAAUGUUGCAGAAAUGAUAGGAUCAACAAAAACACAUGAUUUACAAGGCCUCCUUGUUGAUGAUUCGUGGUCUUUAUUUGCAAAUAUGGCUUUUAAACAAGGGGAAGUAACUAGCCUAGACCACGAGAGAAUUGGAAAAGAAAUUGUGGCAAAAUAUGUUGGAGUCCCUUUAGCCAUAAGAGUAAUAGGUCGUUUAUUGUAUUUUAAAAAUACAAUAGAUGAAUGGCAACACUUCAAAGAAAAAGAACUUCCAAAUAUGAAUGAAGAGGGAAAUAGUAUCAUUCAAACUCUUAAAUUGAGUUAUAAUCAUCUACCUUCACAUUUAAAGUGUUGCUUUGCUUAUUGUAGAUUAUUUCCAAAAGAUUGUAAAAUUAACAUCCCAUAUUUGGUGAACAUUUGGGUGGCACAAGGAUUCAUUAAAUCAUCAAAUUCAGAACAAAGUAUUCAAGAUAUGGGUUUAAAAUAUUUUAAGGAUCUUUCGUGGAGAUGCUUCUUUCAAGAAGUAGAAAAAGAUAAGUUGGGUAAUUUAUGGAGUUGUAAAAUGCAUGAUUUGAUGCAUGAUCUUGCCGCACAAGUAGCAGGGGAUGAAAUCAUUUUAUUAAGUUCAGAUGCAAAGUGUGUUGAAAAAAAAACUCGACAUUUUUCAAUUGAUUUUGAAGUUGAGUCAUGGCAAAAUGUUGCAAGUUGCUUACCUAAUGUGUCAAAGGUGAGAACAUUUACAUCAUUUAAAUGGUCAAAAAAGCAUGACAUUAAAGAAGUAGAAUGUGGUGAAAUUUUUUUCAAAUUAAGUCGUAUAAGGGUAUUAAAUUUGCGUGGUUUGGGAAUUAAGAAAGUGCCCCAUUCCAUUGAUAAAUUGAAGCACGUAAGGUUUCUCGAUCUUUCUGAUAACGAAUGCGUUGAAAUCCUUCCUGAUUCCAUUAUUAAACUCCAAAACCUGCAAAUUUUGUACCUAACCAACUGUGAAAGGCUUAAACAGUUGCCUAAGCACAUUAAAAAGUUGGUCAAUCUCCAGAACCUUUACCUUCAGGGAUGUGUUAGUUUGACUCAUAUGCCACGUGGGAUUGGUCAACUGACUUCCCUUAAGAAUUUAUCACUAUUCAUGGUGGCCAAAGACCACGGUGUCUCCAAACGUAGCGCUGGACUUGGUGAAUUACGUGACUUGAACAAGCUGGGAGAAAAUCUAGAGAUCAGGAAUCUACGGUAUGUGAAAAAUCCAGCAUCUGAAUUUAAGGCAGCCAAUUUGAAAGAGAAGCAACACCUUCAAGUCUUGAGAUUAUCAUGGAAAUUGGGCGAUCCCUAUGAUAAUAAUAGUGAUAGUGGUACAGAUGAUGGUGAAAAUGAUGAAGAAAUGUCAUUGGGAGAGCUGCGGCCACACCUUAAUCUAAAAUGGUUGAUUGUGUUUGGGUGCGGAAGACUCAUGUUUCCAAGCUGGAUUUCUUCCCUCACUAAUUUGGUGAAACUUCGAAUUGAUAACUGCAAAAAAUGCCAGCAUUUUCCACCGUUGGAUCGGUUCCCUUCACUUAAAACUUUGGGGAUUUAUAAUUCAACUGAUCUGGAAGAAACUCUGGCUACAAAAUUGCCCAAAUCUGAAGGGCUGGAGGAGGGAUACAUCCAUGCCUCAGUUGCUACAAUUUCACUGUCUUGA